GUCAAAUAUGUGUUGUUCAGUUCAGUUUUUUUGCAUUUAGAGAAUGAGUAAAAAUAGUGGAGAUCUACAUUUUCAUGUCAAUGAUGUACCACAUAAAUCGGCAAUUUUCUUUUUCGGACUUCAGCAGAUGCUCGUUUGUAUUUCAGCUUUACUUGUAACUCCAUACUUUGUUUCCAAUUUAUUAUGUGCUGGAGCGGAAACUACUGAAGUCAGAGUUCAACUAAUUGCCGCUACAUUCAUCUCCAGUGGAAUUGCAACAAUACUACAAACUACGUUCGGUCUAAGAUUAGCCAUACUUCACGGUCCAUCGUUUGCCUUUUUUCCUGCUUUACACACCUUUGGGGAUGUCUACCCAUGUAAUUCGGAUACUGAUACAACACAAUGGAAGGAAAAAUUACAGAUGAUAUCAGGUUCACUGUUUGUUGCAGUUUUAAUUAUGCCUUUCCUGGGGAUUACUGGAAUGGUUGGAAGAAUUGCAAAACAUAUUGGCCCAAUUACAAUUGUACCUAUGCUAAUGCUUUUAUGUAUUGGAACUGUACAAGAUAUUGAGCAAAAAGUCUCGCACCAUUGGAUUUCGAUUGUCGAAAUCUUACUUCUCAUUAUCUUUGUAGUUUUAUUGGAAGAGUUCGAAGUUCCGAUGCCAGCAUUCUCUAUGGAAAAGAAGGCAUUUUACACUGCUAAGAUGAAGAUAUUCAGUCAGUUUCCGUAUCUCCUGGGAAUCAUGAUAGCUUGGUUUGUGUGUUGGAUACUAACAAUCACUGAUCUAGAGCCAUAUGGAUGUUCUGCAAGAACUGAUAGGAAUGAAAGUUUAUUUGUAUUAGAAAAUACUCCAUGGAUUCAAAUUCAAUACCCUCUUCAAUAUGGGCUUCCAAAAUUAAGUGCUCCAUUGAUAAUUGCAUUCAGUGCUUCAAUGUUAGCUGCAACGAUAGAAAGUAUUGGAAAUUAUGGAAUAUGUGCUCGGAUUUGUCAGCAAGGAAGUCCUCCAUCUUCAAGUAUGAAUCGGGCAUUUGUUGUAGAAGGUUUUGGAAGUAUGUUAGCAGCAUUAAUGGGAGUUGGAACUGGUGUUACAACUUAUUCAGAGAAUAUUGCAAUUAUGCAAGUCACAAAAGUAACCAGUCGAAUAACAAUGCAAUGUGCCGGAGUAAUUCUAAUUUUAAUGGGUAUUUUCUCGAAAUUCGCUGCAUUUCUUGCAAUGAUACCUGAAGCUAUAAUUGGAGGAGUAUUAACUGCUGGAAUGAGUAUGAUUUGUGGAGUUGCAUUUUCAAAUUUACAAUCAGUUGAUCUACGGCUUUCAAGAAACUUGACAAUAAUUGGACUUUCAAUUAUUCUUGGAUGCACAAUUCCAGCUCACUUUGAGAAAUCACCUCUUCAUAGUGGAAAUAAGACAAUUGAUGACAUUUUUGGAACAUUAUUAAAAAUGAGAAUGCUUGUUGGAGGAUUAAUUGCAUUUUGUUUAGAUAUUAUUGCUAGUGGAGCAACAAGAAAGCAAAGAGGAUUUGAAGAUAAGUUAGAGAAGAUUGAAAUAUCAGUGGAAAAGAAUGGAUUCGCAUUGUCUUCAUUUGCAAAUCAGACUAUUUUGAAAAUUCCAUCACUUACAAAACUUCCAAUUGUUCCGUCUGAAAAGUCAAUAAGAAGAAUAGAAGAAUUAAGAAUGAAAGUAAUUGACCAUAAGAUUUAAAUUUAUAUUUUUAAUUAAUAAACAAUU